UGACUUGAGCAUGCGCACAUUGAGCACGCCCAGCCCAGCCUUGAUAUGUCCACCGACUUUGCCAGGAUUUCAGAAUGGAAGGGGCUCGUCCACAUCUUCAUCCUCCAUCACCGGGGAAACUGUGGCUAUGGUUCAUUCCCCACCUCCGACCCGCCUCACUCACCCACUCAUUCGGCUUGCCUCCAGACCCCAGAAAGAGCAAGCCAGCAUAGACCGGCUCCCGGACCACUCCAUGGUGCAGAUCUUCUCCUUCCUGCCCACCAACCAGCUAUGUCGCUGUGCACGUGUGUGCCGCCGCUGGUACAACCUGGCCUGGGACCCACGCCUCUGGAGGACUAUCCGUCUCACUGGAGAGACCAUCAAUGUGGACCGUGCCCUGAAAGUACUGACCCGCAGGCUUUGCCAGGACACCCCCAAUGUGUGUCUCAUGCUGGAGACUGUCAUUGUCAGUGGCUGUCGGCGGCUCACAGACCGAGGGCUUUAUACCAUUGCACAGUGCUGUCCAGAACUGAGGCGCCUGGAAGUCUCAGGAUGUUACAAUAUCUCCAAUGAGGCUGUCUUUGAUGUGGUGUCACUCUGUCCCAACCUGGAGCAUCUGGAUGUAUCAGGGUGUUCCAAAGUUACCUGCAUCAGCUUGACCCGGGAGGCCUCCAUUAAACUGUCCCCCUUGCACGGCAAACAGAUUUCCAUCCGAUACCUUGAUAUGACGGACUGCUUCGUGCUGGAGGACGAAGGCUUGCACACCAUCGCAGCUCACUGCACGCAGCUCACACACCUCUAUCUACGCCGCUGUGUCCGCCUCACGGAUGAGGGUCUCCGCUACCUGGUGAUCUACUGCACUUCCAUCAAGGAGCUGAGCGUCAGCGACUGCCGUUUUGUCAGUGACUUUGGCCUGCGGGAGAUUGCGAAACUGGAGUCCCGCUUGAGGUACCUCAGCAUCGCCCACUGCGGCCGCAUCACGGAUGUGGGCAUUCGUUAUGUGGCCAAAUACUGCAGCAAAUUACGCUACCUCAAUGCGAGGGGCUGCGAGGGCAUCACGGACCAUGGUGUGGAGUACCUAGCCAAGAACUGCACGAAACUGAAGUCUCUGGACAUUGGCAAAUGUCCCCUGGUCUCCGACACGGGCUUGGAAUCCCUGGCUUUGAACUGCUUCAAUCUCAAGAGGCUAAGCCUCAAGUCUUGUGAAAGCAUCACUGGCCAGGGCCUGCAGAUCGUGGCUGCCAACUGCUUUGACCUACAGAUGUUAAAUGUCCAGGACUGUGAAGUUUCGGUGGAGGCCCUGCGGUUUGUGAAGCGCCAUUGCAAGCGCUGUGUCAUUGAGCAUACCAACCCUGCUUUCUUCUGAAGGGACAGCUCCCAUUGCGCAAU